AUAUCCCCCAUCCAAUAAAUUCAAUUUUCAACCAUUUUCCCAUCCCCACAAAUGUUUGAUAGAUGUUAGCCAUCAAGGAUGACGACCCAAACCGGCUUCCGGACCAAACCGAACCGGAUACCGCAACGCCAAGAGUGUUGUCAAUCUUAUCUUUUGUCCUAGAAAGACUGGUGAACCGGAACGAGAUAUUAAGUUCAACUAGCGCCAACCGAGCAAGGCUAGGAAAAAACUUAGAAGCAUUUCAUGGUGUUAGACCGCCAGCCAUUACCAUACCAAAGUAUCUAGACCGGAUAUAUAAGUACACCAACUGUAGCCCGGCUUGUUUUGUGGUCGGAUACAUAUAUAUAGACCGGUUGGUUCACAAACACCCUGGUUCAUUGGUGGUGUCACUAAAUGUUCAUAGGCUGCUUGUUACGAGUAUUAUGGUUGCUGCCAAGGUUUUGGAUGAUGAGCAUUACAACAAUGCAUUUUAUGCUCGAGUGGGGGGAGUAACGAAUGCAGAGCUGAACAGGCUAGAAAUGGAGUUCCUUUUCAUGCUAGACUUUGAACUCACGGUUACGUCGCGUAUAUUUGAGAGUUAUUGUCUGCAUUUGGAAAGGGAAAUGAUAAUGUGGAACGGUACAAUUCGCAAGAUUGAAAGCGGAGGAAUUCAUACAAACACCAUUGAAGAUAUUGCCGAAAUUUCUGUAGAAGACAUGGAAAGCUUUUCUUCCCCUGUGUCUAAUGGUGGGCUUACAUAAAUUUAAUUGAUGUUAAAACACAUUUAAUUAAAUCUACAUAUAUGAUGUUGUUCCUCUUUUCAGAUUCAUCUAUAUAUCUUCCCAAAAGAUUUACCAUACACCAUAGUAUCUGACGUGUUGUUCAUAGAUACUAGUGAAACUAUCUAGCAGCUAAGACCAACUUGGUUCAAUCCAGAUAGGGCGGACAUAUUAAUUCCAGUCCCGAAAGUUUCUUCAAUGUUUGUGUCGUUAAAUAUGUGAUGCCUGCCCGUUUCAAGUGAAUAAAACACUAUUUUCCCGUUAUUGUAA